AAAAUAACAACAGAGCCCGAAAAACGCAUCCUCUUACCAUUUUCCUCUAUGGACGACCAGGCGCAACCACCACCGCCGAAUCACGAUGAUCCGACGGCCGAGAACGACGGCGAUCCUUCCUCCACCGUCCUCGAUCUCACCAGCUUCCAACUCCACGACCUCCACUCGGUCGAGUUACCGCCGAGUCUCACCGAGUUAGACCUCACCGCCAACCGCCUCUCCUCCUUGGACACUCGCAUUGGAACCCUCUCCAACCUCACCAAGCUCUCCUUCCGCCAGAACCUCAUCGACGACGCCGCCGUCCAACCGAUCUCCGCCUGGACCGCCCUCUCCGGCUCGAGGUUCCUCCUCAAGCAAAUUCAACACAAUUUUUUUUUCUGUGUGUGGAAUCAAAUUGAAUAUGAAUAUGUAUUUGAUUGUGCAGGAGUUGGUGCUGAGGGAUAAUAAGCUGAACAAAAUACCCGAUGUGAGCAUCUUCAAGAAGCUUCUGGUCUUCGACGUCUCUUUCAAUGAGAUUACAUCGUUGCAGGGGCUUUCCAAGGUCUCCAGCACCCUCAAGGAGCUCUAUGUCUCCAAAAAUGAAGUUACUAAGAUUGAGGAGAUUGAUCAUCUGCAUCAGCUUCAAAUUCUUGAGCUAGGUUCGAACCGGUUAAGGGUGAUGCAGGGUCUCGAAAAUAUGACAAAGUUAGAAGAGCUAUGGCUGGGACGGAAUCGUAUAAAGGUAGUUAAUUUAUGUGGGCUGAAAUGCAUUAAGAAGAUUAGCUUGCAAAGCAAUCGGUUAACUUCUAUGACUGGAUUUGAGGAAUGUGUUGCGCUUGAGGAACUGUACUUGAGCCAUAAUGGGAUUUCCAAAAUGGAAGGCCUCUCAACCUUGGUUAACCUGCGUGUGUUGGAUGUAUCUAAUAACAAGCUAACAUCAGUGAAUGAUAUCGAACACCUAACAAUGUUAGAAGACCUGUGGCUUAAUGACAACCAGAUAGAGUCAAUUGAAGGUGUUGCUGAGGCUGUUGUUGGUUCGAGAGAGAAGCUGGCUACUAUCUAUCUCGAACACAAUCCAUGUGCAAAAAUCCAAACUAUUCCACUGCAUUGAAAAAAACCUUCCCGAACAUACAGCAGAUUGAUUCUAAUAUAUUUGCUUAAAAGUUAUGGUGGCUUCAGUUUGUCAACAUGAUUUCUACGAAGGCACUGGAAAUCUAUUGCUGCAAUACAGGCCGAUGUCCAGGAUUCUUGCUUCACAUGACUAAUUUGACGGAUGGCCGGUGCCAAGAGGAUAUGCUCUAUAAAGUAGUUGCUAGAGUUUAUAAUGUUGACUGAAUUUUCAUGUUAUUUAGACCACCUCCUUGUCUUACGAUGCUCCUUUUCCUUUCUGACUAAUUCUAAGAGGUGAAGUUGAGACUUUAGAUUUUCGUAUAUGACUUUCUGAUUGUAUUGUCUUGCAAUUGUGAGAUCUCAAAUUUUCAACUUAUGAAUGUAUCAAAGCUUUUACUUCUUCCCUUGGGAUGUGAA